AUGUGGCCCGCCGUCGACAAGGUGCUGUACUCAUCAGGGCGGUCCCUCCGACUCACCAUGCCCCUGGACCUGCCCGAACCGCUGCCCGCCAACCUGGGCGACCACGUCCGCGCCAUCUACCGCGCCCACUUUGCCCACGAGCUCGCCCUGGGCACCGUCGAGCCCCUGGUCGUCCCCUACGGCGUCCUCGUCACCUUCGGCCUGCCCAUCCUCUACUUCUCCAUCCCCCACCGGAACCGCCCAUGGCUGUUCAAGGCCCGAUACCUGCUCAUGCUGUACAUCAUCUUGUACAAUGUGCGCGAGACGUUCGUCACCACCAGCCCCAACUUUGCCCUUGGCUAUGCCGUCGGCCUCAUGCAGGCAUGGGGCAUCAUCUGGAACAUGACCUUGCUUGCCUUUAUGAGGCCGCAGUUUGACGCCGAGAGGAUCGAGAGACGCCCGGCGCGGCCCGAGGUAGACGCUCAGGCAGGAGCGAAUGGGUCCACGAACGGCCAUGCCCAAAAACCAGACGCCAAGGAGAACGUCCGGCCAGCGCAAAACGGCGAUGCGCACACCGUCACGAGGGUGGAUGGCAGUUCCAGGGGACUGGCGCAGACUCCCACCCCACGCGAGGCUGAGGGUGGCAAGGUGGCCGAUGCACCCGAUGAGGAUACUGAAAAGAGCCUCGCUCAGGGCUACGAGUACUACUGGCAGUCCUACCCAGAAGAUGCCUCCUUCCUGACCCGGCUGGAGUGGUCCUUCGACCUCGUCACCUCCUUCCGCGGAACCGGCUGGAACUGGUGUAUUCCCGUGGUGCCACGCUUCUCGAAACCGGACAAGCCAUGCUCUGGCGCGCUGGUCGACCUGGCAUCCAUCCCCGUGUCCACGCCGCAGGGCUACCGCAGGUACGACACCCGCCGGGGCUGGUUCCGCAGCGAGCUUCUCCCCUUCAUCGCCGGCUAUCUGGCCCUGGACGCCCUCAGCGUCCUGAUGAUGAAAGACCCGUACUUCAUCCUAGGCCCGGAGCACACCGAAUCCGCCGUCCCCAUCCCGCUCCCUCCCCUCCUCGCCGCCCUGGGCCCCUGGCAGCUCUUCCUCUACCGCUCCACGCUCAGCUCCUCCGCCGUGCUCGCCGCCAUCUCCGUGAUAAUGAAGCUGUGGCAGCUCAUCUGCGCCUUCGUCCUCCACCCGCUCCUCGGCAGCCGCGCCGACCUCUGGCACUACCCGACCCUCUUCGGCGGCUUCACCCACAACGUCCUCGACAGGGGGCUCGCCGGCUUCUGGGGCGGCUGGUGGCACCAGACCUUCCGCGUCGCCUUCGGCGCCCCCGCCGCGUGGCUCGCGGGGCCCGGUAACCGCCCCAACAAGACCGCGGCGGGCUUCUUCGCCUUCGCGCAGAGCGGCCUGCUCCACUCCCUCGGCAGCGCGAGCUGCCUCCCGCCGAGCAGGCCGUGGGCGCCCCCGGUCUUCUUCAUGCUCUCGUGGGUCGGGAUCCUGUGCCAGUCCACGCUCUGCGGGCUGCCGGCGGUGCGCGGCACCAUACGAGCGCUGCCGCGCUGGCUCAGGAGGGCGGGCAACCUCGCCUUCGUGUCCGCGUGGCUCGUCGCCACGCAGUACUGGAUGCUCGACGACCUCGCGCGCUCGGGGAUAUGGCUGCUCGAGCCCGUCCCCGUGUCGCUGUUCCGCGCGCUCGGGCUCGGCGCGCCGGGGGACCACUGGUGGCGGUGGACGUGGGACGAGCUGCCUCGCCUGCACUCCGGGGCGCACUGGUGGGACAGUGGGAUCGCGCUGUGA